CUUAGUUGGUCUCUAAGGUGCUACUGGAAGGAAUUUUUUUAUUUUGUUUCAACUACACCAGACCAACACGGCUACCUACCUGUAACUAGAACUAGGUAUCUGAAGAAGUGUGCAUGCACACGAAAGCUCAUACCAAUGACAAACUUAGUUGGUCUCUAAGGUGCUACUGGAAGGAAUUUUUUUAUUUUCUCAAGAAGACCGUAUUCUCUCACCUAUAUCUACCUGUUUUGGCAGGCAACACAGCUAUAUAGGCAAGUUUUAUAUAUAUAUAAAAGGAUGUCAUAUAGAGGAGGGAGAACGGUUGUUUUCUGCUGCUUCAGAGAAGCAGACAUGGAGCAAUGGCUCUAUAAGAAAGAAAAUUCCACCUAAACAUUAGGAAGAACUUCCUGACAGUAAGAGCUGUUCAGCAGUGGAAUCUGCUGCCAAGGAGUGUGGUGGAGUCUCCUUCUUUGGAGGCCUUUAAGCGGAGGCUUGACGGCCAUAUGCCAGGAAUGCUUUGAUGGUGUUUCCUGCUUGGCAGGGGGUUGGACUGGAUGGCCCUUGUGGUCUCUUCCAAAACUAUGAUUCUAAGUUUUUAAGGAUCUGCCAGUUCUAGUUAAGUAUAAGCAUGAAAGCAUGCUAUGUUGGUCCUAGCCCAUGGUGUGAAGGCACAUGUUGUAGCAGUUUUAUGAAAGCUAAGCAGAUCUAGAUCUGGUAAACAUUUGGAAGGGAGUUUGCCUAGAAAUUCUAUGCAUGUUGCUUUGAGUUACAUCAUUUGUGUUCCUUAUGACUUGAUGGCUACAUGCCAGAUGUGGGGAACAUAUGGCUUUCCAUAUGUUGCUGAAUGUAACUCACACCACCCCUGGUAAUUGGCCAUGUUUUCUAAGGUUGAUGGGAGUUGAAGUUCAGCAAUAUCUGGAGGACCAGAUACAUACUGUUCUGUCUCUGCAUGCCCAUUAGAGUUAGGAAGUGAUAGGAGGAGAAAGCUGCUCUGUUUGUUUCCUGUUUGUAGUUGCCAACUUAACAUGUAUGGGACAUAUUGGGUUGUUUUACUAUCAUGGAAAAAAGAGUCUUAGGGCACAGUUGGGAAUUCAUAAAGAGACAGAAUGGUUGGAGGUUAUUUUCUGUCACAGAGGUCCAAAGUACCCUAAUAGGGUUUUUGUGUGUGUGUGAGAGAGAGACUGUUUAUGUGAGCUUGGAGUUCUUUUGAAAUGAAAUCAUAUUGGACCCCCUUAGCAGAUUGACACUGUCAAAAUAAAUGGUGGAGGUUGCCUGAACUUAUAAGGUGCUAUGUAUCUCAGCUUAGGAUCUCAUAGGACCAGACACAAUGAUUCUGACAGUGGCCCAAUUCCAUCUGUAGUGACUUUGAGCUGGGCACAAUGCCAGUCUGUCCACACCACCACUUUAAUACAAAGGCAUGGAAUGCAAGAAGUUCUAUACAGUAUGUUUGUUAGGCCUUUCUAAUAAAGGAAAGUUGGUAAACUGAACUGGGCUUUCCUGAUAAUAAAUAUAAGAGGAGGAGAAUAAUGUUUCUUGGAGAAGGGGUAGAGUUAGACAUCUGUUGUGGACCAUUUGGAUUGAACUGAACAUCUAUGGGAAAACUUGGGCACCCCUUUUAUUUUAUUUUUGUAGUUGGCAGAAGUAUUAUAGUAUGAUAUGCUUAUGGCGCCAAUGACCUGAUAUAAAAUUAUGUCAAGCUGCUUGUGUGUUUGUCUGGCCUUAUAUGGAUCCAAAAAAGGGCAACCAUAUUAGAUACCUUAUUUUAUACUUCACGUGUAAUUUGGACAUUUUACUCAUUUUCUGAACAAAUAGCUUGUAAAGGGUAGGUGCCAUAGCUCAGCAAUACAUAGCAUGCAUUGCAUGCGUAAUAUUCCAGAUUCGGCCCCUUGCAUCUCAGAUACCAGGACUUGGAGAGCUGCUGCCUUUCAGAGGGUUACUUUCAUAAGCAACAAAAUAAAAAAAAAAUCCUUCCAGUAGCACCUUAGAGACCAACUAAGUUUGUCAUUGGUGUGAGCUUUCGUGUGCAUGCACACAUCUUCAGAAGUUCAUACCAAUGAUAAACUUAGUUGGUCUCUAAGGUGCUACUGGAAGGAAUUUUUUAAUUUUGUUUUGACUACGUCAGACCAACACGGCUACCUACUUGUUUCAUAAGCAACAUUAUACAUGUGUGUGUUUUUCUUCUUAGGGUUAAACUCAAAGUGUGCUGAGACAUGGUCAUCUAAAAUGCUUGUUAGGUUAAGAUUAAUGAAUGCCAUUUUAAACAACAUAUAAUGAAGAGCCAAUGAAAGUUCAUCUUGGUUUAUUGUUAUCUAGGAAGGGCAACAGGACCUCAUCCAGAAUCUAAUCCAGAUCGGCACCAUGUUGUAUGAUUUUGUGGAUAACAUGAUCGUCAUUCAACUUAAGAUAAUUGUGGAGUUAUGACUAACAGAUUUGUCACAGCUGAAGUUUUCAGAGGAUUGGACUCCCACUGUCUGCUAAAGCAGACCAGCAACCUGAAUCCUCCUAUGGCUCAGUUUUUCCGGGUCAGCUUAAAUUGUCAUGCAGCUUCUGAUACAGGAUCUCCAGGUUUGUCUUAAUACCUGAUUAACUUCCACUGCACCAAAUUACAUAGUCAUGGUUUGGGGUGAUAUGCCUAAAUUAAAAGAUAACCACACUUCAUCGUGUUCUUCAACCAUGGAAGACCUGGAUGUGGAUCUUGACUCUGGACUAGAGGAAGAUGAUAUUAAACAUGAGAGCCCUUGUGAAGAUUCCACAAUCUUUGUAGCUUUUAAAGGCAAUCUUGAUGAUGAUGACUUCAAACAGAAAUUGGACAUAAUUUUGAACAAUGUUCCUGGCCUUUUACACCUGGAAUCUGAAAAGUUAAAACUGAAGAAGGUGGAACCCUGGAACAGUGUACGUGUCACUUUCAAUAUUCCUCGUGAAGCAGCUGAGCGACUACGAUUGCUGGCUCAGAAUAACAACCAACAACUUAGAGACUUGGGAAUUCUCUCAGUUCAAAUUGAAGGUGAAGGUGCCAUCAAUUUGUCAUUGGCUCAAAACCGAGGCCAAGAUGUGAGGAUUAAUGGGCCUAUUCGACAAAACAACUCAGUACGAAUGGAGACAGGCUUUCCCAUACCAGGAAACCAAGGGUUAAUAAGAAUAAACAAUCCUGCAACUGUGAUGAUGCAGCAAAGUGGGAAUGUAUCAUCAUCUAUGUUGACAAGUGCAGCUAACACAGAGUUGCAACCUAGAACACCUCGUCCAACAUCUCAGUCAGAUUCAGUGGAUCCACUUUUGUCAGGGCUAGCUAUCCAACAGCAAAAUCAUCCAUCUGGAUCUGUAGUGCCUCAGCUCCAUUCAGUACAGCCAGUUUCUGUUAAUAGGCAAAUAAACCCAGCCAACUUCCAACAGAUGCAGCCACAGCAACAAUUGCAGCCACGCCCUCCUCAACAGCACCAGCAACCACAACAGGGUAUUCGUCCUUCGUUCACAACCCCAACUCAGGUUCCAGUUUCUCCUGGUUGGAACCAGGUGCCUUCUGGAAUAGUUCAGCCUCCUCCAUCGCAAGGCACAAUGGGCACAUUGACAGUUAACCAGGGCUGGAAAAAGGGCCCUUUGCCUGGACAAAUGCAGCAGCAGCAACUCCAAGUCAGACCAUCUUUGGCAACGGUACAAACACCCUCCCAUCCUCCACCCCCAUACCCUUUUGGAAGCCAACAAGCUUCUCAGGCACACACAAACUUUCCUCAGAUGAACAACUCUGGCCAAUUUACUGCUCCUCAGAUGAAGAAUCUUCAGGGAGGGCCUUCACGGGUCCCUACACCACUACAACAACCCCACCUGACCAACAAAUCUCCUGCCUCCUCUCCCUCCUCUUUUCAGCAAGGAUCUCCUGCAUCCUCCCCAACAGUUAACCAAGCACAGCAACAGAUGGGACCAAGGCCUCCCCAGAAUAAUUCUCUCCCCCAGGGGUUCCAACAGCCUAUUAAUUCUCCUAGCCGUAAUCCUAUGGUACAGCAGGGGAAUGUACCUCCAAACUUCAUGGUAAUGCAACAGCAAAACCAGGGUCCACAGGGCUUACAUCCUGGGCUAGGAGGAAUGCCCAAGCGUCUCCCACCUGGCUUUCCUGCAGGACAGGCAAAUCAGAACUUCAUGCAAAGUCAGGUGCCUUCUACAGCACCAGGGACACCUGCAAAUAGUGGAACACCCCAAUUGCAAACAAGUCAGAGCGUGCAGCACACAGGUGGUCAAGGAAAUGGUCCUCCUCAGAAUCAGAUGCAAGUUCAACAUGGCCCAUCAAAUAUGAUGCAGACCAACUUAAUGGGUCUUCAUGGAAAUAUGAGCAACCAGCAGACAGGUACCAGUGGAGUUCCACAAGUUAAUAUGGGCAGCAUGCAGGGACAACCUCCACAAGGACCACAAUCUCAGCUAAUGGGGAUGCACCAACAAAUAGUGUCCUCCCAAGGACAGAUGGUGAACAUUCAGCCUCAGGGAUCUCUAAAUCCUCAAAACCAGAUGAUACUUUCUCGAGCUCAGCUCAUGCCACAGGGCCAGAUGAUGGUAGCAUCUCAGAACCAAAAUCUUGGUCCAUCACAACAAAGGAUGACACCACCCAAGCAGAUGAUUCCCCAGCAAGGCCAACAGAUGAUGGCUGCACAUAAUCAGAUGAUGGGACCGCAAGGCCAGGUGUUGCUGCAGCAAAAUUCAAUGAUGGAGCAGAUGAUGACCAAUCAGAUGCAAGGAAAUAAACAGCCGUUCGGUGCUCAAAGCCAGUCCAAUGUUAUGACGGGGCCAGCUCAAAUAAUGAGAGGACCAACCCCCAAUAUGCAGGGAAACAUGGUGCAAUUCACAGGACAGAUGAUGGCCCAGCAAGGCCCUGUGAACAGCAAUCCUUCUCAGGUUAUGGGGAUUCAAGGACAAGUUCUGAGACCCACAGGAACUAACCCUCACAUGUCUCAGCAACUGGGUGAUACCACCACUACUACAAACAGUGAUGUGAACUUGACACAAAUGCUACCUGAUGUUUCUAUGCAACAAGGAAACAUGGUGCCUCCCCACUUGCAAGGGAUGCAGGGAAACAACAAUACACCAGGGAGCCAUUUUGCUGGGCAUGGGAUGCCUUUUAGUACUCCUUUUAGUGGAGCUCAAAAUGGGAAUCAGAUUUCCUGUGGACAAAACCCAGGUUUUCCUGUCAACAAGGAUGUCACAAUAACAAGCCCUUUGUUGGUAAACUUGCUGCAAAGUGAUAUAUCUGCAGGACAUUUUGGUGUGAACAGCAAACCGAACAAUCAGAAUGCCAAUAAACCCAAGAAGAAGAAACCUCCAAGGAAGAAGAAAAAUAAUCAGCAAGUAGAACAAAUUAAUGCUUCAGAACCACGCCCAGCAGGCCUUGAAGAGUCAGAUCAGCCACCAUUACCAGGAGAGCAAGGUAUAAAUUUGGAUAACACUGGACAUAAGCUUUCGGACUUCACAAACAGGCCACCAGGCUAUCCAGCCCAGCCAAUGGAACAAAGAGCUCUUCAGCAAAUACCUCCUCAGCUUUUGCAGCAUGGACAGCAGCAGCAGCAGCCACCAACACCUCAACAGACACAGUCCCAGCAGCAACAGAUGAUGAUGAUGCUCAUGAUGCAACAGGACCCUAAAUCUGUCAGGCUUCCUGUUUCCCAAGGUGCCCAUCAACCUAGAGGCCCUCUGAAUGUAGACUCACAAAGAAUGCCAAUGCAGCAGGGGGGCAACAUGUCGGUGAUGGUUAAUCUUCAAGGUCCUGGAUCAGUGCCUCCAUCUCCUGACAAGCAAAGGAUCCCAAUGCCAAACAAUCAGCCUCUUUUGAACAGUGCACGGAAGAUGGUUUACCCAGAUAAUGCACAGAAUCCAACCAGCUCUCCACUGGGAGAAGUUUCAUCAGUGCCCUCUGUUUCAGAAGGAAAUGGGCCUGAAGUCCCUUUAGCACCUGGGCCUCAAAAUAAUAUAGCACCCCAUUUAGUAGUUUCACAAAACCAGUUAAUGAUGGCAGGGCCAAAACCUGGACCUUCUCCAAUGUCAGCUCCCCAAGGUACAAGCCCUCAGCAGCAGUCUAAUUCUCUUACAGGCCCUCACCCGCAUCAUUUUCAAAAUGUUCCUACCACAUCACAAACAUCGAGACCCAAAACUCCAAACAGGGCAAGUCCAAGACCAUACUAUCCGCAGACUCCCAAUAACCGUCCACCAAGCACAGAGCCAUCAGAAAUUAGUUUAUCUCCAGAGAGGCUCAACGCUUCUAUUGCAGGCCUCUUUCCUCCUCAGAUUAAUAUUCCUUUGCCUCCCAGGCCCCAUCUUAAUAGAGGAUUUGAUCAGCAGGGUCUUAAUCCAACCACUUUGAAGGCUAUUGGGCAAGCACCCUCAAAUCUUGCACUGAAUAGCCAAUCGAGUUUUGUUUCACCACAAGCACAUAAGUUGGACUCCAUGGCUAUUAGUUCAGGAAAGCAAACCAAUGCUUGUGGAGCAAAGCGAGCCAGUCCGAGUAACAGCAGAAGGUCCAGCCCUGGAUCCAGUAGGAAAACAACACCAAGCCCUGGGAGGCAGAACUCAAAAGCAACCAAGUUAGGUUUGACAUCUCAGCAGAAUCCAGGGCUCAUGCAAAACAUAGACUUACAAAGAAGUAUGAUGGUCGGUCCAGCCUCUUUGCAAAUGCCUACGCCUGGAAGUUUUCAGAAUAAUGGUAUGAUAGCUGCCCAGAAUCCUGCAAUCCCUGUAUCAGUCAUGACUGGUAUUCCUGAGGAUAAUAAAGAUGGCUUUAGCACCUCUCAAGAGAGUGUGUGCCAGAAUAUGCAGGUUGCCCCAGUAAACAAAGAUCAGCGCAACAUUGAGCUGAAAGGCGUUCCCAGCCAAGAAAUUAAAAUACUGGUCCAUGAAGAGCAACAGAAGAGGGAGGCCCCUCCUACAGAAUCCAACAAGCUUCCCAGUCUGGAAGAAAACAAGAAUAUUAUCUCUCCAGCUAUGCGGGAGGCACCAACAUCCUUAAGUCAACUUCUUGACAAUUCUGGGGCUCCUAAUGUUACCAUUAAGCCUCCUGGUCUCCCUAGCCUUGAAGUGCCUCCACCAGUGACUUAUGCAGAUGAAUUCAAAAAGAUUGCUGCCAUUCCUCCUCCCCAGCAGGAUCCGCCUUCUAGUAAAGACUCUGUUUGUUCCCUAAGUUUACCUGCAAAUACUGAAGCCUGUUCAACUCAAGUGCAACAAGAUCUGGGUGACAUAAAUUCAAGUGUUUCCCAGAAUAUUUCUCCAGUAAUACAGAGGCCUGUUAGCUCUGCUUCUAUUUCUACAUCACUCCCACCCAAUCAGAUAACAGUAUUUGUAACUUCCAACCCUAUUACAUCAUCAUCUAACACACCUGCAUCAUUGCCCUCUCAUCUACAGUCUACAUUAAUGCCUGCUGUUGUCACCAUGCCUAGUGUUGGCAAUAAAGUUAUUGCUUCUGAAGGACAAACAACAGUUCAGUCCAAUGCUCGGCCUCAGUUCAUUACGCCAGUUUUUAUAAAUUCAUCCUCAAUAAUUCAGGUUAUGAAAGGAUCCCAGCCAAGUACAAUUCCUGCAACUCCAAUGACUUCUAAUUCUAAUUUAAUACCACAGUCUGUUGCAGUUGUUGGUCCUUUGCAUUUGUCCCAGAAUAUAAAAUUCUCAUCAGGGCCUGCUCCUCCUUGUUCGUCUUCUAAUACUCCUAUCUCAAGUAUACCAACAAGUCGGCCAGUGGUUAUUAAUUCAUUGCCAUCUAUUCAGCUUCCUUCUCCCUCAUUAAUGGCUCCUUCAAGCACUUCUCCGCAUCCUUCCAUUCAGCAAGUCAAAGAUUUCAACCCAGAGGAGUUAAGUUCUCAGACAUCAACAUCUGACUCAAAUGCUGAAGCAACCUCACAGCCUGGAGCUGUGGUCUCCCCAUCUGGUGAUCAGAGCCCUGGAUCUUCCAUCAACAGACGAAGUCCAGUUUCAUCUACAAAGGGAAAAGGGAAGGUGGACAGAAUUGGUCAGUUUUUGCUGACAAAAGCAUGCAAGAAAGUCACAGACUCCGUUGACAAAGGGGACGAUCAGUAUGGUGUGGAAGGAGAAGUGGAAGGUCAAGGACAAGACAUUUCAAUCAUCAACAGUCUGGAAAUGGAACAGUUACCAGUAGAACUAGAAGACAAUAUGGUGGCCUCUCCGGGUCCCACUCUUUUGAAACAAAGCACUUCCGGAACUGGCCAUUUAAGUGCUAGUACUACUGCUGCUGUUUCUGCCUCUGUAUCUCUAAGCUUAUCAGGUAGCACUCCUUCCACUAAUGUUCUUUCAGUUGUAACCACUCCAGUGAUCUCUGACAUCCUAACCACAAUUCCAAGCACUAAUGGUAACACCUGCAGUUUACCUGCGGAGCAGGUUGGGAUUGGACCAGAAGAUGAGAAAACAGAAGACCACCAUGAAUCACCACAGAAUAAGGCCUCUUUAUCCCAGACUCCAGUUGCAACACCAGAAAGUACUGUUCAAAAAACAGAACUGGAAGCAAAUUCUGCAAUUAUUUCUGGCCUGGUUACAAAUGAGACGAAGGAGAGCUGCGAAAAGGCGAAAACUCUGAGCAGAAGGAAUUCAAGAACGGAGGAAUCUUCAGCAGUGCAGGAGACUGUGGAGAAUGGGCAGCGCAAGAGGUCCUCCAGACCAGCAUCGGCAUCCAGCACUGCAAAAGAAACAAAUGCGAGUGUUAUGCAGUCAAAAAGAAGAAAAUCCAAAUGAAGUACAGACUGGAUAUGCAAGGCUUGUAAAUGUGUGAAUUUUUUUACCGAUAGCAGUUCUGAACUGUGAUUUCUCACUAUAUAUAAAAAACAAAAAAAACUAAACAAAAAUUCUAAAAUUCUGUACAGUAAUUAAUUUUACUAUGAUCCUGUUCCCAGUAAAUGCAACGUUUCUUUUUUCUGAAGACUAAAUGAUGAGUUGGGGGAAUCAGGUUAUUUGUUAAAUUCUCUGGUUUUAUAAAGUCUAUACAUAGCACACUAGAUUUAGCGUGUUGUAAAGAAUCUGAGGAGAUAAUUGUAAAUUUAUAUCUACGUUUUCACUUUUCAUAGGAGAAACUAGAGUACAGGGUUGUCAUGGUUUUUUUAGAUAUUAAAAUGAUGUAUUGUGCUGUUGGUCAAGUACUGUAUGUGAAUAGCAGUUUAAAGGGUUAUAUAUGGCCCAAUCUUGGAAAUGUAAAUAGUUUUAUUAUAUAGUAGGCUUGAUGUAUUUGUUGUAGAAAAGGACCAGUGGAAAAAAAUGAGAGAGUUUGUGAAAUGUGGAUUACCUAGUGCUCUAAAUAAAUGUCAUCGAUCUAUAAUUUGUAUUGUAUGUUAUUUAACACCAGCUCCUUUCACAUUGGGUGUGGGUUACUGGGGAGUUCAGGGACAACAUCAGUAAGAGAAGUGCUUUAUAGUUCUGCCACCUCAAAAAUUUGUUAAGCCAUGUUUUUAAAAAAUAUGAAGCAGCCGAACUCCUUGAUACCAUAGAGCAGAUCUAUUCAAAUCUCUUGUCCUUCACUGUCUUCAUUACUCCUUCCUUUACCUGGUUCACUUCCAACCAGGCUUGUGAUGUGUGGAACCCAGGAUAUAGGAGAGCAGUGUUUCCCAAACUUGGGUCUCCAGUUGUUUUUGGACUACAGCUCCCAUCAUCCCUAGCUAGCAAGACCAGUGGUCUUCAGAAUAAUACUGUAUACAUGACCAUUUCCUGUUGGUUGUUGAGUGCUGGAACACUAGUUGAGCUAUGUCCUGUGUUUUGAGAGUGGAGGCUGCUUCUCGGGAAUCCUUUCUUUCUGGGAACAUUUAAAGCAGUGGUAACCAAUGUGGAACUCUCCACAUAGUAACUCUCUGUUACUAUCAUGGAGCGUUCAUGAAUAUUUUCAUGCUUGGCACGUGAUAAAGUACUCUUUGUUCUGUGGCAAAGCAGCUCACAUGGGAAAAGAUAGCAAAGCAACAGAGGGCCAUAGCAAAUGGAAGGAGCAUGGAGGCAAUGUGGAAGUAGAAUGGUAUGCAAGGAC